AUGAGCGUUGCAGCUGAUAAUUUUAAACGAAGCACUUUUGUCAGUGCUCUGAAAUUCGUUGCAUUAAUAGCUGUAUCUAGAAUACACGAGGGCGCUCUAGAACCCAUGAAAUUUUUUAAGAAAUUUCGGAAAGGCGACCCAAGCGGAAAGAAGAGCCAAAAUGAUAAAACCGUCUCUCAGCCGCCUGGGAAAUCUCGUACGUCGUCGAGUACGGGCUCCAGUAACAUGCCCUUGUCUGAGACGCAACUGCUACAAGAGCAAGUUCACAGUCAGUCCAGCACAACUGUAAACGAGAACGGAAACCGUGUCACCACGACGACGGUCCGGGUGCCGCCCCAAGACAAGAGCUCCAACACGAACGUACCUCCUUCACAGCAGUACACGAUCGACUUGGCAGCUACCGAACUCACACGAGCUCUGGUCAAGAAAUUCAUUGCCGAUAUCUGGAAUCGUGGUGAGAUAGAUCUGAUCCCAGAAGUUUGUAGCCCAAGCUUGCGAUUCAACGGCAAUACAGGCUUUGAUCGGGUCGGACAUGAUGGCUUGUCGCGCAUGGUCGCCACCAUUCGCGAGGCGCUGGACGAUUACCACUGUGAGAUUCAUUCCAUGGUGGUUGAAAGUAAUAAAGCCUUCUGUCGACUACGCUUUACUGGAAAACAUAAUGGACAGUUGCUGGGUUAUACGCCUACUGGCAAGUCGGUCGCGUGGAUGGGAGCGACCGAGUUUACCAUUCAGAACGGUAAAAUUCUCAAGGUGUGGGAGCUGGGAGAUGUAAAAUCGUUGGAAGAACAGCUCGCUGCGGACGAAAAUGGUUCUAGGUCUUCGACAGAAUUUGCGGAAGCAGAAAAGGAGAUUUGA